AUGCCGGUGAUCACUGCGCGCGCGUGUUCCUGCUCGCAUGCAACUGUCGACACGCCUCUCGCUAACAGGUCUUGGCGAGUGCCCGAGUGCCUGCUGGAGCCAACGAGCAAUACCGCACUGGACCGCUACGCGUGGAGGGACCACCGGCCGUACAUUUUCACCAGAGGGUCGGGCUUGCCAGAAGCGUCCCGUGGCAGUCAAAAUUGGCAGAAUUCUUGCCGCAAUAG